UGAGGGUGGUGUGUCUUUCAGAUAUGAAUAACAGUAUGUAUUAUCAUUCUGCUAGCUCCGGUGGAGACCGACUGAGCAAUACAUCGAUUGGUUCCCACAGGAGCGAGAAUUCGUUUUUGGUGAGAGAGCAACAGCUGAAAUGGCGUCGAAGUGCUGCAAUGAACUUGAAGUCCUUCUACAUCCAGUCCACCCUCGCCGCUCUCUCGUUCCUGGAAUUCUAUCUGUGCCCUUCUCAAUUGUUCCUUCAUUGGAGAGAGGCGAGAAGUUUAUUUGUGUGGUGCAUAGGUCUUCUUUUCUCUGCUAGUUCACUCAUGUGUCUGCUAUGUUAUCUUAUUUUUCGAAACAAACCUUUGUUUGCUGCGAAACAAGACAAACCAACAAGUGGCUCAUUUUUCAGCGCUAGAAGUCCAGUGGAAAAGUUGAAUCUGAGUCUGACGUGUUCAGAGCGAAAGAAUGAUCCGCUCAGUACAAGUUUUAGCUGUGUGCGUUUGACCACUUCUCAGAAUAGUUCUCAACUGUCCUUUCUGAAUAACAGUCAGAAUUCAGCCUCGCCUUUGAAUAAUAUGUCGACAUCUUCCCUGUCGAACACCUCCCCAAGUGGAAGAAUGAACCAAUCUUAUGCAAAUGCUGGAUCAGUCCCUAACCAAUCAGUUUCGAGGUCGCCACUCUCGCCGAACGAGUCUUUGAACAUGACCAACAGUAGUUUCAGGGCUCAAAGUCGCAACACCUCAUCGUCGACCAGACAGCGCAACUCGCUCAUUGCUGCCGCUGAACAGUCGUUCCACUUGUGCCCGAUGCGUUGUCUCUCUUCGCCCCUCAGUAGUCCCCAAAGGUGGACAGACACCUCGCUCACUUCAGCUGCAGCUGAGGACAAAAUAAGCGACGUGAAGGAUUUAGAGAAGUACCUGAACAGUUUCUACCAGCAGGAGGCCCACACAAUCGCUGCCCUAGAAGGAGCCACACUCAUGCAUGAGUCAUCUCCAUCGGCCAGACAAUUGAGACAGUUGCCCAAUGACAAUUACCAACUAAGUCAGCCGGUCGAAGGGGGCGAGGGGGGCAAGAGUGGCCAUUCGCCACUGAACAAGUCCUCUCUGGCCUCUAUGAUGAGUAGUUCGGAAGUGGUGCAGUUUGGAGGUGUGCACGGACUGGACAUAGGAGACAAAGUGCAGCACUGGGUGGAAAACCUGAGAAAGUGGAUUGCUGCGUCUGUCCUGAAGCCACUCGUCAAGUUAAGUAGUUCUAGUUGUUGUUGUUGCUAUGAAAAGAGUUUCCUCAAACGGCAUAAGUUCUCACUUUUCAGAACUACAUUUGUUCAUAAGAAUGGAAAACGUGCAAUUGAGGAUGCGAACAAGCUUCUUGAGCAGAAUGGAGUGACCGAGGUAAGACUGGGCAGAUCCAAUGUCAGCUCCUUUGCUCUCAUCCGCCAGCAGUGCAAUGUGAAUUUGACUCUGCUCGAAAAGGUCAUUCCCUACCUACACAUGACCUCAAACCAGGAGUACCUUUUCCAACGCCUACAAACCCUCGCACGUGAUUCUUGCGUCGCCAAUUUUAACCAUAACGGAGGAGCCAGCUUCAACGGACAGAAAUGGAACGAGAGUUGGCCAACUGAUGCUGAUAUUGUUCUGCAUGUUUUCUUCACCUAUUUGGACCAACAUGCAACUUCACAUGCUUCUUACGUCACUGAGAAUCGACUGAAGUCGCUCUUUUUUGUGCCAGCAAGUAGCCUUCAGAAGAUGUUGAAAGAUAACAGGAAGAUAAUGCUGGCUCAAAUAUCAAACAAACCACCCACUUUUGGGGUUGUGUUCAAAGACAAGCUUCUCCAAAUACCGGAUGGAAACUACAAUGUUUUCCACUCUUUGCUCCUCUUCGUCUUUCUGCACGAUCGUCAUAAUUAUGGAAAACUGGAUACGAUCUCGUUGGGCGCUGCUGGCAUCAAUAUAUCUUGGAUAUUUUCAUGAUCCAUUUCCGGCAGAUGAUAUGUUUGACUGGCUUGUGUCAUGUGCACGAUCUUUGUUUUUGUUAAGCUUUUCGUCUUGAAUGGAUUGCAGUUUGUCCUAAAAUGAUUGAGUAAUACUUAAAUGUUUAAGUUGUGUCGGAGUUUUCGUUUCUGUUUUAAUUUUAAUUUUUUGAUCCAAUAGUUUCACUUUUCAAGUUCAUAUCUAUUUGGCAGCAA